ACACACACACACACACACACGAACACACACACACACACACGCACAGACACACACACACACACGCACAGACACACGCACAGACACACACACACAUAUUCACACUCCCUUCUUCCAGCCCCCGCUUUCUCCCCUUUUCUGUAACACCCCCCCUUCCCCUAUACACACACACACAUACACACACUGUUCUUGGUGUAAUAUAGACCACCCGUAGGGUUCUGCCUUGUAAAACCUUGUAUUAUAAACCAUAAAAACGGGAUAUGAAACCGGAUUGAUUUCAUAAAAGUUCACUGUUGAAAUGCUCUCGUAGGGUGAUGACGCGACACUGAGAAUAUAUCCUAAAUCCACUAAUAUCCUGGUGCAAGUGACACAUUUGUCAAAUAAAAAGGUGAAAUAAAAGGUUUGUAGAGAAUCAGUUUGGUGUGUUUCCAAUAAACCAUGCCUGGGGAAAAAAUAGCCCUCUAUUGUCAUUUGUUAUUAAUGUAACAAAACUUAAUGAAAACUCUUAUUUCUGUUUUAAAAUUUAAUUUUACAGUGAGGGGCAAAGGUGGGUAAUUCAGUUCCAGAGAGUAAAAGUCCAGACCAAGAUUUUGUUUCAACCAACCAGUGAAGUACGCUGUGCCUGUGACUCUUUGUAUUCAGUUGGUCAAAACAAAAUCUUGGUCUGGAUUUCAACACUCUGGACCUGACCCACCCACUAUGUUGAGGGGUAGUGGCCAUAAUAUUCAGCUGUCCCAUUUCUGAGUGCUGAUGAAGAAUGCUGCCCUGGAGAGCUGUGUGAGAUACACCCAGCUGCCCGCCAAACCCCCCCCACCCCCCAUUGCGAUCCUGCUAUAUCAACCAGCUGCACCUCCUAUAGUCGUCCUUCACUAUCUCACUCCUCCGAUUCAUGAUGAAUAGUCCGACCAAUGGGUUCGCUCAGCAAAAGGAACCUCGCACAUGUUAUUUCAGCCAUUUGCCCUUAACAGGGACAAAUAAAACAAGUGAUCGAAGAGUCAAACAGGGAAACACUAUUUAAAGCCUUUACAUGAUAAAUCACCAAAGUCGCAUGAGUGAAAUUACACAGAACAAUUUAGAGGGGGAGUGGAAUAACUGGAUGCCUGCUCUUAAGCGCUGCCGCUGCCAUCCAUCUGUCCUCCGAUCCCUUGAUGUGGUGUCAGGCUACAGGCUAUAGUUUCCUACCAAAAAAAGAAGUGUGAUCCACUGAGAAGUUUGCAAAUAUGUAUAAAUAUGUAUAAUCCAUAGAGAUGCAAGCCAAUCCCAGCACAUACAGGCUGGCCGCCCGUCUCAUGUUGCCUUCUGCAAGACCGGCUUUGGGUACAAGCUUCCCCUGCGUCAGCAUGGCUUUGCUGCAGGAGGAAUCUCAUCUCCGCAGUGCUUAAAUUCCAGCCUCCAAGAGCGUGUCCUAAACUGCAGGAUCCCCAAAGACCUUCAGAGGCAUCAUCACGGCUUAAGGGCUGUAAACAAGCAGCAUUUCACUGAUUUUUACAGGAAGGUAUGAAGUGAAAGAAAAACCAGUAUGAAUCCUGCUGCAACAAUUAUUCACUGAAGUUGGAGGAGUGUAACAUCUCCAGCUCCCCUAAGCCCUGCAGACCCUCAGAAACUGGGGAACCCGCGUUCUACCGUCCCCAAAGUGGACCGUAUGCGAUGGAACGCCUCCUUCAGCUGACUCUGGCCUGUCUGCUCUUCUCCAAAGCUUGUCCACUUAGGUGCUAUGAUUGUGUCAGUGACAACCAAACAUUAUGCCAAGGGUAUAAAAUGUGCUUGUCUACAGUCUCUCGCUGUGGAAGUGCCAUUUUUGCUAAAGAGGGAGGCACAGUUCCGAGAGUUACACACACAAAGGGCUGUGUGGAACCUGAACAGUGUUCCUCUGGUUCCGUGAGCUUCGGUUCUGAAAGGGUUCUGUACCACACCGAGUGCUGUGACAGUGACUUCUGCAAUGAUGGAACGCUCAAUGUACCUACUGACAUUUCCCAGAAUGGAAAGAAGUGUUUCAGCUGCGAAAAGAACAACUGCUCACAUACCAUUGACUGUCGAAGAAAUGAAAAUAUUUGCUUUACUGCUACAGUUUGGAUUAAUUUGACAAAAAGGGAGAAUUAUAGGGGAUGCGUAUCUGAGAACCUCUGCCCAGUUGAUGAGGACACCGUUCAGCUGAGCUCACUGCUCGGCGCCAGGGUGAAAUGUUGCCAUGGUGAGCUGUGCAAUAGUGCCCGACGCACCGGGCAGCUUCGCCCCCCCACCCUGCUGGCGUUGCUGGCCUCCAUCACCCUCCUCCGCUGAAUCAGAACUGAACCCCUCUACAGCCACACCCAGCCAGUCCUCCUGUCUGUCAUUUACUUAAAUGAGAGUUUCCGUUCUUUAAUGUUUAAUAAAGUUGUUUUUUUAAUCCAAACAAAUCAUGUUUUCAAUUUGUCAUUAUGGGGUAAUUGGGGCAUGAUGACUGAUACCGCAAAAAGAAUGAAUUCAUCCAUCUUUGACCUGCUUAUUAUGGUCCCGCUCACAGAGGGUAUCCCAGGGUGC